AUGCGCGCCUACACUACUGCUUAUGUUGAGUCAUGUACCCACUGUCGAGCGUCAAAGUCUAUUAACCAGAAGCCUGCAGGCCUUCUUCAACAGUUGCUCAUCCCUUCUCGUCGAUGGGCGCACGUGAGCCUCAAUUUUAUCACGGAUUUUCCCCUUACCACGACAGGGCACAACUCGUUUCUCGUGAUGGUCGACUCCCUCAGCAAGAUGGCUCAUAUCGUUCUUGCAAAGAAGUCAUUCACAGCAGCAGACACUGUGGAACUUCUCGCAGACCGUCUUAUCCGCUACCACGGAUUUUCAGAGAAACUCAUAUCGGACCGCGACCCCCCCUUUCAGGCGGACCUCUGGCAACAACUAUGUCACCGCUUUAACAAACGCGCCAUGUCCUCGUCCUACCAUCCGCAAAGCGACGGCCAAACUGAAAGAGUUAACCGCACACUGGAGCAGAAGCUUCGUACCUACUUCCAACCUGACGAACGCGAGUGGGAGCGUUUGCUUCCGGCCCUGGAACUUGCCUACAACACGACAAGCCAUUCAUCCACCGAGCUCUCUUCCUUCGAGGUCAUGAUCGGCGAGAAUCCGCUGACUGCUGCGAAUUUUGAUAUCGUAGGCGCGUUAGCCCUCACGCUCACUCCUCCGAUGACUAGGCUUUUCCGGCAGCUCUGCGACAGAGUGCAGAGCCACAUCCUGAAGGCAAAGGGGCAGCAGAAAUAUUGCGCAGACACAAAGCGCCGAGCUGUGGAGCAUGCAGUGGGAGACAAGGUUUGGCUCAGUAGCAAGCAUCUGCCGGCGUCAUCUAACUGCCCUAAGUUCGAGCCCCGUUACCGAGGACCCUUUGAAAUCAUUGAACGGAUAGGCAUCGUCGCUUACUGUCUUGCUUUGCCUCCUACGUAUGAAUGCCACAACGUUUCUCAUGUUUCGCAGCUAGUUCCCGCCCUUCAGACGUGGUUCCCCAAGAAGCCGACACCGCCUGGCCCCCUAUCCGCGAUGCUGCCGGCAGUCCGAUAG